AUGGUCAAAUUAACACAAGUAGAAGAUGAUACUCAAAUCCAGUUUGCUGACGGAACGACAGAGAUAAAGAAGGUUGAAAUAAAAAGAUUUGAAGAGGAGUCCAGUGGAUCAGAAUUUGAGGAUGAUGAUGAUGCUGAUUAUGACUUUGAUUUUGAGAAUGAAACAAUAUAUGACAGGGUUGUUGCUUUGAAGGAUAUAAUUCCUCCACAUUAUAGAGACCAAAUUUGCGACUUGUCUAAUACAGUCAGCACUUAUGUUUCAUGUGGUGUUAACAGCGGAGGAAAAUUGAUUUGGGCUUUGACUUCCAGUUCUUUGUUAUUGGGUGUUCCUUUAGCCUUGGCUAUUUUGUCUGAGACUCAAUUACAAGAAAUGGAGAAGGAUAUGAAUUUGCAAAAAGCUGCUCAGGACGUUUUGGCUCCAGGUAGUGAAAGUGCAUUUGGAGAAAAGAAGCCUUAA